AUGAACCCAGCCGUUAGCAGGAAGGCGGCACAACAACGUCAGCGGCGCACCUACAGAGUGAGAAGAGAUAUUUUCGCUGAGUACGACGAUGCUGAGUUACUGAAAAGAUUCAGAUUGGACCGUGCUGGUAUUGUUGCAGUGACUGAUAUAGUGAGAGACAAGCUGCAAAGUAAAACUGAAAGAAAUAGAGCCUUGACCCCUGAGAUGGUGGCCAUCACAUUACGAUAUUUAGCCACAGGAAAAAUGCAACAGUGCAGUUGUGAUGAUUUUGGAACAACGCAGCCCACUAUCAGCCGUGCAAUAUCACAGACAAUUGAUGCACUGGCUGACCCAGAAGUAAUCUGCCAGUUCGUGGCUUUCCCUCACACCCAGCGUGAAGUGCAGCAAAAACAGGCAGAGUUCAUGCAAGUAACUCAGUUUCCCGGUGUUGUGGGAGUGAUUGAUGGCACUCAUAUAAGAAUUGUGUCUCCUCAUGUCGAUGAACAUGUAUAUGUGAACAGGAAACGCUAUCACAGCAUAAAUGUGCAAGUAGUAUUUGAUGCUCACUAUAAGAUUCUUGACAUUGUGGCAAGGUGGCCUGGCUCAGUCAACGAUGCAAGAAUACUAGAUAAGUCAGCACUCAAACUGAUGUUUGAGGAACAACAUGUACCUGCAGGAUGCUACCUUCCCGGGGACAGUGGCUAUCCCUGUAAGCAGUGGCUCCUCACUCCUUACCUUCGCCCUCAAACUGUUGCACAAGCUAAUUAUAACAGCCCCUACAAGAACCGGUCCCUGCCCCCCUUUGGGCACGCUCUCCUCCCAAGGCUAAGUCCCCGGGGCGUGGCCGCCCAAACUAACCCCCUCCUCCCAACAGUUCCAGUACCUUACGAUGCAGCCGAGGGGACUGACGCCACCACCACCACUGCCACCACCGCCACAACAAGGGUUAUUCGAGUGGGGAACAUGCUUCAGGUGUUGCCCCAAGAUGCCUCAGCCCCGCAGCCCCACUUCCCCAUGAUAGUGCAGGCAGGGAAUGUCAUACAGUUAGUCAGCUAG